AAGUAAAAGUACCACUACUGUGAAGCUAGCAACGUUAGUGAUUCAGUGAUUUGACGAUUCUCGGAUUUGUCGUAUUUUGUCUUUACUAUUAGUCUGCAGAUAUUCUCUAGUAAACGAGCCAGAAUUAUGGCCACCAAACCACUAGUCCUACCGGUACUGGAAAAUUCGUUUGAACACAAUCAAUCAUUCCCUGUUGUUUCCAAAAAUUACAAGCGCUCAAGCUUCGGAAUUGGAGCAAAAGCGGUGGACAAUUUGACAGGGGAAGAAUAUGACUCAUAUUCAUACAGAAAAGAUGCAUCAUAUCCCUGUCAAUUACCAUCUGUGAAUAAAUCAAGCAAUAAUAGCAGUUUUGCAGAUGAAAAAGAAGAUAUUUUGAGUUCUUCUUUUUCUAAGGAUAGACAUCGGGCAUUACUAACUGUCAAAGCAGAUAAUUUGAAGAUAUUGACCAUCAACAAAAUAGCGGCGGAGUUGUUUGGAUAUACAUUUACUGAACUGAUUGGAAAGCACCUAUCUUGUUUGUUCAAAGAACUUGUCGAGAAUGAGAAUUCAAAAGAUGCCUCAAUCAACUCAAUUUGUGAUAGCGAGGGAAAUAUAAUUGCAACUUCUGGAAAGAUUAUUGAUGUUACCCAUAAGAAAGGUUUGAACAUACCUGUGUCGAUAUGGACAAAAUUAGUUGAAGAUGCUUCUGGAACACAAUGUUGUAUUAUUGUCAUUGAACCGGUUGAAAGAAUAUCUUGUUUGUUUGAUUUUAAUGAACAAGGUAAAGUUAUAUACUGUGACGAGAAGUUUGCGAUGUUCCAUGGAAUUCAAUCAACAGAUUUACAUGAAUUGCCACUAAAUAAACUAAUGCCUUCGUAUGUUCUACCAACACCUGGUGGAUGUAAUGUACCGAAGGAGAUAAGACUUCAAAACACUGUUAGCAGGCCAUCAGAUGGAUCGAGUUUUCCAGUAACAGUUUUCAUAUCAUCUCAUCAGAAAACAAAAAAGACACCAUCAGUCUCCAGAUCUAUCAUUUUCAAAGCAAAAAUGUGGAUAUUUCCUCAUGUCAGUGGAUUAAUAACUUGUAAAUCAAAUGGAGAAAUUCGGAGCGUCAAUGAAAAUUUUUCUCAAUAUCUUUUUGGAUAUCAUACUAAAGAAAUGAAUGAUAUGAACAUAACGGAGAUAAUACCAUCACUGCUUGUAGGUAGUGAAGAUGACGGUAAUUUAUACAAUUCUGCAUUUCCACAAAUAGAAAUGGAUUCUAGUCUUAAUUUCUCAUGUCAAGAAGAUGAAAAUUUAAAAGUGAAGGAUGAUGAAGAAACAACUGAUGAAUCUUGGGUUGAACUUUCUGUUUUGGAGAAACAAACAAGAGAAAAAAUGGCUAGUUUACAACUGAAUGAACCAAGGAAUCAGGACGAUGAAAAACAACAUAGUGAUUUUCUCGAUAAAAUAAAUGCUCUGUUGAACAAUAGCACAUCGAAUGCAAUUGAACAACAGAAUGGACAGGAAUCUCACGCUGAAAAUGUCUCUUCUACAAAUAAAUCUUGUAAAGAAGAAUCAAGCACAAAUUCUGAUUCUGCGAUUCAUUCAAUCUGUAGUAAUGCUUGUAAAUGUGCAAAAACUUCAGGAAAGACUGGAGAAACAGAGUCAACUUCUUUCUCUGACUACCAUUCUGCUGAUGGGUCACAAAAUGCUGUUCAAACCAAUCACAUUCACCAACAUCACAAUAUUGAUCCAACCAACUUGACUGUGACAUCACAAAGAAAUUCCAACCAAUCAAAAUCAAGUGAUUCUGUGAUAUCACCUUCAUGUCAUGAUCAGAGUUCAUUUGUUAUUGUUGACGAUACCACUAAUUCUGAAGUUUUUUGCACUCAAAGUAAAAAAGAUAAUGAUUAUAUCAUUGAAAGAUUUCCACAUAAAGCAACACCAGCCAUGCAAAGGCUGACCCUUGGCUCAGAAGUUACGUCAACACCAGUGGAAUAUGGCCGAGCGGUUUCAAGACUUUCAAACCAAGAGAACUCAUUCAGACACUUACAAAAUGGCUUCUACAAAGGAAAAUUUAAGCACAAGCAUGGUGCUCUCAUAGAUUUCUAUUAUGAACUGAAUAAAGUAGAAGUUGAAAACGGAGCAGAUCAAAUAAUCUGUCUUCGAGUCUUUGCACAUACAAAUGUACCUGAUGGCUACUCUAUAGAAGCAAUCAACUCAACAAUAUGUACCAGUGCCAGUACAUUACCUUCAAUCAAUUUGUCAAAUAGAAGCAAUCUUCUUGACACAGUUUCACUCAAUGAUUCUCGUGCAGAAAUUGGAAAUUAUGAAGAUCAAAUAGAGAAAUAUGCCACCAUGGGAGAAUUUAAUAAGAAGUAUAACGUCAUCAAAACAAUAGGAAGUGGUGCCUUCGGUUUUGUUAAAAUUGCGCAAUGUAUAAAAACAAGAGAAGAGGUCGUCGUAAAAUUUAUCAAGAAAGAGAAAGUACUUGAUGAAUGUUGGAUUCAUGAUGAUGAACUUGAUAUUUUAUUACCGAUGGAAAUAUCACUUCUAUCAAGGUUUAGACAUCCACACAUUAUCACUGUGCUGGAUUUCUUUGAAAACAAAAGUUUUUUCAGCAUGAUCAUGCCAAAACAUGGAAUACACGGACUUGAUUUAUUUGAGUUUAUCGAUCGUUGUGCCAACGGAGUAGAAGAACCAUUAUCAAGUUAUAUCUUCAGACAAGUUGUAUCAGCAGUCGAUUAUCUUCAUUCCCACAAUAUAUUGCACAGAGAUAUUAAAGAUGAAAAUAUUAUCAUUGACGAGAGAUUUAAUUGCAAACUCAUUGAUUUUGGCAGUGCUACGUUCAUGAAGCCAGGCAGAGACUUCGCCACAUUUUGUGGAACAAUUGAAUAUUGUUCUCCUGAAGUUUUAAUGGGAAACAAAUAUCGAGGGCCAGAGUUGGAAAUGUGGGCAUUGGGAGUUACAUUAUAUACAUUAGUAUUCGGAGAAAAUCCAUUUAAAAAUGUUGAAGAAACGAUUACAUGUGAAGUUGAUCCUCCUUUUGGGGUAUCUAGAGAUUUGGCUUCCUUGAUGCAGUGGUUGUUACAACCAGAUCCAGAGUACCGUUGCACAAUAUCAGAAGUUUUAGAAUGUCCCUGGGUUAAUCAAUAUGUUGAAAUAGAUCAAUAUCAAUGGAAUGAUGUGGUCCACACUCCUGCUGGAAGUGCCAACAGCUCCAAUAUUCAGGUUGCUUGUCACAAUGAUAGCCCACUACUAGAUGCAGAAAAUUUGUGUCUUCAACUCCAAGAUAAAUUGACAUCAAAACAUGCUCAACAACAACUUAGUAAUAGGAAAGUUCUAAAGCCUAUCAAUGAUUUGAAUAAAACAAUAUAAGGUUGUUAUUUGUAUUUUGAAUUUUAAUGAUAUUUUGUUUAAAAUCAAAUGGAUUCUCAGACUUUCUCUAAUAUUGUUUGAAUUUUUGGUUUUGUUUGUUAGUAAUGCUGAAUAUGACGGUUAUUAUUGGUAGAAUCUCACUGGGUCUAAAUUGUAGCCACAAUCCAUUUAUCAUCACAAUGUCUAGGAAAAUGUUGUGUCUCACAUGUUCACUUGUCCCACACUUGGGUGGGUGAUGUGGGAUAAAUGAUACGAGUGGGGCACGUGGGACAUAGUGAACAAAUGAUAAAAGUCCUAGUCGUCCCAUACUUUUGGGUGGUGUGGGAUCAGCUGGAUAAGAGGAACAAAAAAAUACCAGGGGCACGUUUUACAAGCAAAUUAUCAUCUAAGGCUCUUAUGAUAUAUUUUGGAACUGUAGAGGGCCUCUUUCUUUCCAACCGUGUAGAACCUACCUGCAUGAGACAAUCAUCUCUUUGUGGGGCUUUCUCACAUGCUAUUAUGGUGCUUCUGUGAUUAGCAAUCAUUAGUUUCCUCUAUUAUUUUUCAUGUUUUGUAGUGUACAUUGUAAAGCCAUAUCAUUCAUUAUAGUAAUUUUGUUUGUCUGUGCUUUUCUUUUUAUGGCAUUUUACUUUGAAAUAAAAGUAGAUUCAAUAGA